AUGAAACGCUACCAGACCCUGUUUUGGAUAAUAAUAACAUUAUUUAUAUCAAUAUGUUUUGGAUCUUAUGCACCUCAAAAAGUUGAUUGUCCAAGUAAUUCAUCAGAUUUUUUAAGAGUUGCAAAUGAAAUAUCAGAUAGAGAAAAUCAAUGGGUUCAAGGUAGAGAUGAUAUAACAAAUGAUAAAAUUGUAGAAUUUUUAAAAAAUGCAAAUAUGUCAGAUAUAAAUCCUGACGAUUUUAAAGAUAAAAAUAUACAUAUUGGAUUAGCAUUUUCAGGUGGUGGAUAUAGAGCUAUGUUGAAUGGUGCUGGUCAAUUAAGUGCCUUGGAUGAAAGAACAAGAGUUGAAAAGGGCAAAGGUUUAGGUGGAUUAUUACAAGCUUCUACUUAUAUUGCGGGAUUAUCAGGUGGUUCAUGGUUAGUUGGUUCUAUAAUAAUGAAUAAUUUUACAUCAGUUCAAGAUAUUGUUGAUAAGAAUCAAAUUUGGGAUUUAGAACAUUCUAUAUUAAAUUAUGGUGGAAUUAAUGUUGUUAAAACUUAUAAAUAUUAUAAAGGAAUUUCAGAUGAUUUAGAUGAUAAAAAGGGAGCAGGAUUUGAAUUAUCAUUAACUGAUACUUGGGGUAGAGGAUUAUCACAUCAAUUUUUUACUACAUUAGAUGAUGCUGGGGCUUCAAUGACUUUUAGUUCUUUACAAGAUACUGAUUAUUUCAAAAAUCAUGAAUGUCCAAUGCCGUUAAUUGUUGCUAAUGGUAGAGCCCCAGAUACUAAGAUUAUAUCUUUGAACUCAACAAAUAUUGAAUUUAAUCCAUUUGAAAUGGGUUCAUACGACAAAAGUAUUUAUCAAUUUAUGGAUUUGAAAUAUUUAGGUUCUCGUUUAGAUGAUGGUAAAAGUAAUGGUACUUGUUAUAAUGGAUUUGAUAAUGCAGGUUUUGUUUUGGGUACUUCAUCAACUUUAUUUAAUCAAUUUAUUUUAAGAAUUAAUACUACUGAUUUAUCAUCAACUAUAAAAACUAUUAUUUCAUCAAUUUUAGAAGAUGUCUCUAAGGAUCAAGAUGAUGUUGCUAUUUAUAAACCAAAUCCAUUUUAUGAAACUGAAGUAGGUACUUCAGAACAUAUUCCAAAAAAUGAUACUUUAAGUAUAGUUGAUGGUGGAGAAGAUGGUCAAAAUAUUCCAUUAUAUCCAUUAUUACAACCAGCAAGAAGUGUUGAUGUUAUUUUUGCAUAUGAUAAUUCAGCAGAUACUGAAUAUAGUUGGCCAAAUGGUACUUCAAUGAUUCAAUCUUAUAGAAGACAAUUUGGUGAUUUUGGUAAUGGUACUAUUUUCCCAUAUGUACCAGAUGCAAACACUUUCAUUAAUGAAAAUCUUACCGCAAGACCAACUUUUUUCGGUUGUGAUGCUAAAAAUUUAACUUCAUUAUUAGGCAACAAUAACUCAAGUUAUACAAAUAGUUCAGGUCAAAGUGCAAUAUAUGAUUCUCCAUUGAUAGUAUAUACAGCAAACAGACCAUUUUCAUAUUGGUCAAACACAUCAACAUUCAAAAUGAAAUACGACAACGAUGAAAGAAAUUCAAUUAUACAAAAUGGAUUCGAAGUAGCUUCAAGAAACAACGGUACUUUAGAUUCAGAAUGGGCAGCAUGUGUAGGAUGUGCCAUUAUAAGAAGAUCUCAAGAAAGAAAUGGUGAAGAACAAAGUGAUCAAUGUAAAAAAUGUUUUGAAAGAUAUUGUUGGGAUGGUAGUUUGAAUUCUGAAGAAACUAAUCAAAAUUUCACAAGUACUGGUACUACAAAUGGUCAAGAAGAAACUUUAGGUAAAAAGAAAAAUUUGGGUGUUAGUAAUUUUACUAUCAAUUGGAGUUUAUGGAUUGGAUUGUUGUCUGUGGUUGGGUUAUUUACUUUACAAUAG